AUGAGAGGCGCCUGGUGGUGCCUUCUCUGGGCCCUCGUCGUCGGUAAUGAGGCCUCCAAAGGUAUUUCCUCCAGAUUGCCGAGGACCAGUGCAGGACAAUUGGCGGCGGCGGCCGCCGCUCAAAAUAAAACCGUUCAUCAAUUGAGGGGUUUGAAUGUGAAAAACGUCACCAGUACGAUUACGAGUACUUUGGGACCGCCGCCUGGUAGAGGAUCCACCAGCAGAGCACGAGAGCAAUACCUCUACAACGUCUUCGAAGCCAUAAUAUCCACCUUAGAAUCGAAGCUGCAGCGAAUAGAAAACCUGGACAAGGCGGUCGAGCACCUAAUGCGUCGAGUAGAAGGCUUAGACGACAGAGUAAACAACAACAUCGACAAAACCGAAUCGGUGAUAUCCAAAUUACGCACGAUAGAUUCGAAAUUGUUCGCCCCGAACCGCCUGCACUUGGAGAAGAAAUUCGAUACGACCUACGUGGACCCGGAAAACGGGAACCUGGGCAAGCGAUUGCUGGCGUUGGACCAGAAAGUGACCGACAUAGACGACAAACUGAGCGUUCUGAAGAAUCAACUAGACAACAAUUCGUUGCAAGGAGAAGACAUCAACGCCGAAGCCAGCGAGAAACGUUCGGUCAGCAUGAACGUGGUGGAAAUCACCAAAGCCCUCAACACCGAGGUGAUCAAUCACAUAACCAAGGAGCUGGGGCAGCUUAGGGAAAGCACGUCCGGCGUAGACAGGAAGCUGCAAUUCCACAUUAAUCUGGUGCAGGAGAACUUGGGGAAAAUAUUGAAUCUAAUGUCCGACGUGCACCACGCCAUAAUCGACGAUCGCAAGAGCUACACCUACUUCUACAACCGGUCCAGUUCCGGCGCGCCGCUGCCCCAAAGGCAGAACAAAAUCGACAGCUUGGUCGAGAAAAUGAAACCUAUUAUAACGGUUUCGGAGAAGAUGGACGAAGUUUGGAACGUCGUCGUCGGCACGAAGAGCUCCGUGGACGGUCUGGUGCCGAAAUCCGAUGAACUACUGACGCAAACCCAACGGCAAGAGAGGGCCAUCGGCGAGAUCCACAACGACUUGCGCAUGAAAACCAACAAGAUCAUCGCGAAUUUGGACAAAGUCGAGAAGAAGCUCAAAAAGCAAGAGGACGACGUGGCGACGCUGGCCCAGAAACCCGUGCCCGCCGAGCUGCUGCUCAAUCCCUCUUUGGACAAUUUGGAGGAGUACGAAUCCACCAGGUUCGUGGAGGAGUAUUCGACGGAUACGACGCUUCCCGCCACUAUGGCACCCCCGGUUACCCAAACCUCGGUCCAAAACAGCGUGUCCUCGCACGUGGGAACGUCCUCCACCACCGUGGAAAAACGAAACGAGAAGAGAAAAGGGGGAGUUAUAUUUCCCAGCGUUAAAAAUAAACCAACGCACGUGAACUCCACUUUUGUCACUUCUGAUGUUUCCUCAACUUUGAAGGAUGUUAAGGGAUACUCCUGCGUGGAUUUCUUGAGCGCUGGUAUGAGGAAUUCUGGUAUUUAUUACCUGCAAAUCCGGGGUACCACGUAUUGGUUUUUGAAAGUGUACUGCGAACAGGAAAUAGCCGAUGGAGGUUGGACCGUCAUCCAAAGGCGAGACGAUUUCGGUUAUCCGAGGGAGAACUUCAACAGGGACUGGAACGAUUACAAAAACGGAUUUGGGGAUCCAUCGAAGGAAUUCUGGCUGGGUAACGAAAACAUUUACAUGUUGACCAACAACGAGGAAUACUCUCUUAGGGUAGAACUGGAGGAUUUCGAAGGAAACAAAAAAUACGCACAGUAUUCUCAUUUCAAAAUAUAUUCCGAAGCUGAGUAUUACAAAUUAGAAAUUGAUGGGUAUGAAGGGAACGCCGGGGAUUCACUCAACGAUCCUUGGUAUGGAAGCAACAAUAGUCCAUUUUCCACCUACAAUAGGGACAACGACCGCUCUAGUUUGAAUUGUGCAUCCAUGCUGAAGGGUGGCUGGUGGUGGAAGUCAUGCGGAAGAGGCCUCAAUGGCCUCUACCUCAACGAUCCACAAGAUCUAACAGCUAGACAAGGUAUCGUGUGGUUCAGAUGGAAAGGAUGGGAUUACACGUUGAAGAAAUCGGUGAUGAUGAUAAAGCCGAAGAGUUUCGUCAACGGUUCUUAG